GUGUGUGCGUGAGAGAGCGAGAGAUUUACACCCUGCAGUAAAUUCGACCGAUCAUUAACACGCCUUAGAUGUAGGGCUUGAUGGUCCUCCAAGAGCCAUUGUGUGAUUCGAAGUUUAUCAAAUCGUCACCCUGCUGUACCUGAAGCCCCCCCAUCCAACUCUUCCAGUGAUCUGUGAUUCGCUUCUGCUCACCUCUCUAGACACCGAUCGCUCUUAUUAGAAAGUGAAUCAGGGUUGGAUUACGUGUGGACUGUUCCAGCUCUUCCGGGUCAACAAUAUAGAGCCAAUGAUCUUUUUUUAAAAAAAACACACACACAGAGCAGUAGUGGUCAAUUUCUGCAAUCAGUUCUAAGCAGAGAGAGAGACAGACAGACGUAAACAGCCAGCAGACGGUGUGCCAGCAACAUGAGGAAUCAGGUCGGCGCUGCUAGCAGCAGCUGCUAAGAGAUGGAAGAUAAAGCGGUGCCCGGGACCCAGUACAUCUCCAACGCCGGGCGGCCAGGAGAUGCUGGUGGGCUGGGCGGAGGGUCAGCUGCACGGACCGCGUCCAAGUGCGAGCAAAGCCAGCCGGAGUCCCAGGGCACCGUCCAGAGAGCCCUGGAUUUCAAGACGCAGGGCAACCAGUGCUACAAGGCGAAGAAAUUCCGAGAAGCCAUCGGCAAAUACCACCGGGCUCUGCUGGAGAUGAAGGGCUUCCUGGCGGUCACUGAUCCCGAGUCGUCGUCCUCCGCUGUCCAGGUCCAGCCUCCCUCCUGCGGAAGAGCGCCGCUCGCACUGACCGAGGAAGAGAGGAGGCUGCUGGAGACUAGCGAGAUCGAGUGCUACAACAGUCUGGCGGCUUGCUUGCUACAAGCGGAACUAGUGAACUAUGAACGAGUAAAGGAAUAUUGCCUCAAAGUCCUGAAGAAAGAAGGGGAUAAUUUCAAGGCCCUGUAUCGUUCUGGUGUGGCUUAUUAUCAUCUCGGAGAUUAUGAUAAGGCAUUACAUUACCUGAAGGAAGCAAGGAACAGAGAGCCAACAGAUACAAAUGUGAUCAGAUACAUCCAACUGGCAGAGAUGAAGCUCAGCAGAUGCUCGCAGAAGGAAAAAGAAGCACUUUAAAGGCAAUUGCUACGACAGGGUAUGAGAGGACAACUGGUGCGGUGACUGGUGGGCUUUGUUUCGCCAUCAACCUCAUUCUCUGGAUUGGAAGCUUGCCGGCUCGAGACAAGCUCCAGUUCCUCAGCUGAGGGAUUGAAGACCCAGAGGCCAUUUGAAGUUUGGCAUUUUGUGCAGCCAGAAACGGAUUGGAAGUGAGCCCGAAGCUGUGACGUCAUUACAAGACUUAUUGGCAAGCUUUGUUUGGGACAUUUUUGAAUUGCGUUGCUUGGUUGAGGAAGGUAACACAUUUAAAAGGUUCAUUUUUUAAAAAGAAUAUGACUGUUAACAAACGUUUACAGAGAAACUGAGAGCGGGAGGAGUUUACUACUCUUAAGGGAUAGGGAGAAACGUGCUUUUGCAAUGACACCACAGCAAUCUCGCAAAAUGGUCAACUCCAGAUGUCCUGAUUGAAAACUGGCCAAGGGAGAUUAUUGUGAAACAAUUGAUUUGAUGGACAGCAUCCACAACAUUUGAACAGAAAGCAGUCUUGUAUAUUUGCACUGCCAUUUAGCCUUUAUUUGUUCAGGUUUUAGCGAUUUGAGGGAAAGGUUGAGAGUUGCUGCUUAUAGAACCUGUUUAAAAUAAUACACAUGAAUUAUUAUACUCAGAUUUUAAGAAAUAUAUGUAAAGUAAGGGAACAAGUAUCUACAACUAUUAUCAAUUUUGAUAAACACGCUUUAAAUUAAAAAAAAACUUUUAUUUAAGUGGAAUUAGCUGUGGUAUAACACAAGUGUUGAGCAUGCUAAGUGCAAUGGUAAAAACAAAGUGGAGGAAGAGCACAAGAAUUGUUUGCAAUUGCCCUGAGAUUACAUUGUAGUAUACAAAAUGCGUAAUGAACUUGUCUCGAGCUUCUCUAUCCAUUAUUUUAGUGGAGACGUUUAAACAAUUAACGCAAAGAAGUGCAUUUGGAAGCUAGAGAAAUGAAAGAGAGAUGAACGUAUUAUUUUUCAACUAGAAAAGAAGCUGCUGUAAAAAGAUGGGUGUUUUUUAGGUCUCACUGAUAACCAUUCGUUGCCGUGGUGAUAGAAUCCAUUAGCAAUUGCACAGAAAACCUAGAUGUGUGUUCUAACACAGUAGACUUUGAAUAUCUUGGGACCUGAGGGUGUUAAUAUAUAUCUGCUGGUUGUGAGACUUUGCGUGUUAGUCAGUGCUCACAAUUUCAUUAAUAAGUUAUUAACUUUGAACUGCUGUUUAAAUGAUUUACUGGGAGACUGUCUCUCUACUCUAACAGGCACAUUGCAAAAGGGAGAGUGGAAGCUGUACUACUCAUUAAUGAAAUUACAAGUGAUGGGGCAAAUGCUGCAGUUGUCAAUUUUCAAAUAAUUGGACAAUGGCUUCAGCUCUUAUUAGCCUUUGUUGUGAACAGUUCAAACAUUAUCUUAAGGUAGUGCGCAGAACAGUACAAAGAAUGUGUUAUAAGAAGAGAAAGUGCUGGAUCUGCACAGUGACCAUCUAAAAGA